CAGCAUAUCUCUCUUUGUUGUGUUCUGCUGAGUACAUGUCAUGCAGCAUAAAGGGGAGCUGUGAGACAGAGUUCAGUCUUGUAAGUUAAUCAUUAUUUUUCUACAGUGCCUUUUAAAAGCGAUCAGGACACGGCAGGAUUUCCCACUGACAAACAGCCACCAUGAAGCUCAGAGAGCGUUUCUCCGUUUGCAUCCUGCUGGUACUUUGUGUGACGUGGAGCGCAGAUGGAGGGAAUAUUCUGGUGUGGUACACUGAAGGCAGCCACUGGAUUAACAUGAAGCCUGUGCUGGAGACGCUGGUGGACAGGGGACACCAGGUGACUGUUUUGGUACCAAGCACGUCCAUGUACAUGAACAAGAGUGAACCUUCCCGCUUCAGCUACGAACCCUUCAAUGUCUCUGUCUCAAAGGAGGACAUGCAAAGGAUGAUGGAAAAGGCGUUGUACUUCUCCAUAUACGAGAUGCCUCAUAUGAGCUACUUAGAAAUAUACAUCAAAUUCAUGAGCAUAAUAAAGGACAACAUGCAAUACUCUUUGAAGUUUCUGGAUGGCGUGCUGAAAUCAGAGACCACAAUGAAGAGGCUGAAGGAGAGAAAAUAUGACCUUCUCCUGGCUGACCCCAUCUUCCCUGGCAGUGACCUAACUGCAGACAUUUUGGGCCUCCCCCUGGUUUUCUCCCUGCGCUUUUCCAUGGCCCAUAACUGGGAGAGACUGUGUGGUCAGCUACCUGCUCCACCUUCUUUUGUCCCCGGCGCUGUGAGCAAACUGACGGACAAGAUGGACUUCAUGGAGAGAGUGUGGAACUUCCUCUUCUACACACUGCAGGAUGCUGUAUUUAAUUACAUUUUUUGGCCAGAAUUAGAUAAAUAUUACUCUGAAGUCAAAGAUGGCAGCCACUGGAUUAACAUGAAGCCUGUGCUGGAGACGCUGGUGGACAGGGGACACCAGGUGACUGUUUUGGUUCCGAGCGCAUCAAUGUUCAUGAACAAAAGUGAGCCUUCCCGCUUCAGCUACGAACCCUUCAACGUCUCUGUCUCAGUGGAGGACAUGCAAAGGAUGAUGGAAAAAAUGCUUCACUUUUCAAUAUAUGAGAUGCCUCAUAUGAGCUACUUAGAAAUAUACAUCAAAUUCACAAGUAUGAUAAAGGACAACAUGCAGUACUCUUUGAAGUUUCUGGAUGGCGUGCUGAAAUCAGAGACCACAAUGAAGAGGCUAAAGGAGGGAAAAUAUGACCUUCUCCUGGCUGACCCCAUCUACCCCGGCAGUGACUUAACAGCAGACAUUUUGGGCCUCCCCCUGGUUUUCUCCCUGCGCUUUUCCAUGGCCCAUAACUGGGAGAGACUGUGUGGUCAGCUACCUGCUCCACCUUCUUUUGUCCCCGGCGCUAUGAGCAAACUGACGGACAAGAUGGACUUCAUGGAGCGAGUGUGGAACUUCCUCUUCUAUGCAUUGCAGGAUGCUUUGUUUGAUUACACUCUUUGGUCAGAUUUAGAUAAAUAUUACUCUGAAGUCAAAGGAAAACCCACCAGUGCCUGUGAGAUGAUGGGUAGAGCAGACAUCUGGUUGCUGCGAACCUACUGGAAUUUUGAUUUCCCUCGUCCGUUCCUCCCCAACUUCAAAUUUGUUGGUGGGAUCCACUGCAAACCUGCUAAACCAUUACCAAAGGAUAUGGAAAAGUUUGUGCAGAGUUCUGGAGACGCUGGCAUCGUGGUCUUCACUUUGGGAUCAUUCAUCAAGAACAUCACCAUGGAGAAGUCAAACAUGAUCGCAUCGGCCCUCGCUCAGAUCCCACAAAAGGUGCUGUGGAGAUACAGUGGAGCAAAACCAGAGACUCUGGGUGCCAACACUAGGUUAUACGACUGGAUCCCUCAGAAUGACCUACUGGGUCACCCCAAGACCAGAGCUUUCAUCACCCAUGGUGGCUCAAAUGGGAUUUAUGAGGCCAUCUACCACGGUGUCCCCAUGGUGGGCAUCCCCCUGUUCGGUGACCAGCCAGACAACAUGGUCCAUAUGAAGGCUAAAGGAGUUGCUACUACUGUGGAAUUGAACUUUAUGAAGACAGAGGACCUGAGAGAUGCAAUCAAUACUGUCAUCAAUGACAAAUUGUACAAGGAAAACGCCAUGCGGCUGUCCAGUAUCCACCAUGACAGACCAGUGAGCCCUCUGGAUGAGUCAGUAUUCUGGAUCGAGUUCACCAUGAGAAACAAAGGGGCCCAGCACCUAAGGGUCCAGGCCCAUGAGCUUACCUGGUACCAGUAUCACAGCCUGGAUGUCCUGGUCUUCCUCCUAACCAUGGUUUUGCUCCUCAUAAUCAUCUUCAUCAAGACCUGCAGGUUCUGUUUACGAGUGUGCUGUGGCAGAAAGGGAAAGACAAAGAGAAAGGCUGAAUAACUGACUUAAUUCAAAUGCAGCUGUCUAAAGCACAGAUGAGUGAAAAAAAAUAAAAUAAGUGUCCAGUUGGCCUAAAGCAUGUGAUGAACCACAAUGCCCCAGCUGGAACUAAGUUGCUCAGGACAAUUGUCACUGCAACUAAUUGACGCAUAGAAACUUAAGAGAAAUUUCAACAACACAGAUUUACAUCUAGCAGAUGACUGGACAAUAUACGGUCAGUGUGCUAAAUUGUGGCCAAAUUACUGCACAAGGCAGCUUUAAUUUUGGAUACAAAUGUUUAUCUCUAAUUUUCCAAUCUGCUAAAACAGUACCUUCCAGUAAAAUCUGGACUUGUUGGAUUUGACAAAAAACCUAAUCAUAUAUAAGUCACAGAUCCUCUCCACACAUGUCACAUGAACUACAAAUUGAAUUGAGUCUAUGACUGGUGAAUGUUCCACUUCUCAAUGCUGGUUCACUUGCCUUACACAUAAAGAUGACUACAUAACAUCAUACAGGGAAGUGAUCCAAUACCUUUCUCUCUUAAGAGGAGAGAUGAAAUAAUAUCUCCUGCUGUGUCUUUGUGAAUGAAUGUAUUUGCAAAUUGGCAAAAAAAAAAAAAUGGCAGUUUUGUUGUGUCUCUAAAAAUAAAAGUGUAUGGUUUGGACCUGCUCUUUUUGAAAAA